UGGAAGCACCAGGUGAAGACCUCCACAGAGGCUGAGCACUGCACUCACUCUUUCCCACCGUCUUCUGUCUCCUUCGCCCAGUUCAUCCAGCUGAUAUAUAUCUGCCUGGUGUCACGUUUACGCCUACAGCAUCCAGAGCCUUGACUUCCUCUCCAGUGUGUGUGGCGGCCAGCGAUCACCAAAACUGAUGAGGAUCGGUUGAUUGAGUUCAAAUUAACUUCCUUUUUUCUUAUUUUGCCAAGGUAAGAUAUCACAGCCACUUAUGACUCUACAUUCUAUUGACAGUUAAUGUUUCAUUUUGCUAUACAAUAAUAUUAAGUAGUUAUAUAGUGCUUAAAGAUGUUAACAGUUGUCGCUGAAUUAGAAACUUAUUGGAGUUCAACAAUUUUACAGUAAUUGUUUUCCAGAGAACCCACUUUUGAUUUCUUUAGGUUUAUUUGUUAAACACAAACAACCCAAACAUUGUUGACUUGUUUGUGGAUAUCACAAACUAAAACUUAAAAAACACCUAUACAUGUGGUCAUGAUAGAAAUGUGUCCCUAGGAAAGGUAGCUAGUAUCUAGCAAAAGGAAAAGACCUCUCUCUGUUGCUUUCAUGAUUAUACAUUUACUUACUUGAAUGAUAAAGCAUCAGAUGAAAUGCAUCAGUCCUGAGAUGAAUACUAUUUCUACUUUAUUGAAAUAUUCAUUAGUAUUCUGUUUUUGUUGGGACCUUUUUGCUGAUGUGUGAGGCAGGAGUUGCUCAGUAACAUCCCUUGGUCUCUGAUUAAAGAUUAAAAUUAUUUUUUAAUAUAAAUUUCAUGACAUAGAUGAGUCCCAGCCGGUUGACUCCAUGUCAGCAUUGGCCUUGUGAGGGGCAGGGCUGGUUUGAAACAGUAGAUAGCGUGUUGAGCCAUUUAUUAACCCAAGAAAUGUGUAUUUUUAUAAAUUUGGUGGAAAUGUCAACAUUAACACCAGCAGUGUUUCAUCACAAUACAGUCAUACCAUUUAGUUUACAGCUCAAAAACACAUUUUAGUGUGCAGUACCUCUUUAAUAGAAUAUUAUCAAUAUGUAUUGGUUGGUUCGUACACAAAAACAAGUGUGUGAGAUUACAGUGCUUGUCUAAAAGGGGCUGUAGUGGAAACCUUGAUAUUUUUACAUGUUAAAGAUUAACAAUUUGCAAUGCUUUUUUAAAAAGCAGAUGCGCCUCUGGUCCAAUCCCAGAUGUAGUCACUGCUACUCAUCGAGAUGGAUUAGUACGAAGGCAUCGGUAUGUCAUAACUUAAGUGUUGGUCAUUAAUAGAUUAGUAAUGAAAGAAGGCAAAAUGAAUAGUCAAAAAUGUCAUACCAAAAAUUUCAUUCACAGGGUUUCCUAAUUUGUUGCUGUGUCUAAACGGGUAAGUUUCACAUUACAGCAAAAAAGAUGUUCAAUGCAUGCCUCUUAAAAAUAGUGUUAAUGUUUUGUGUCAUUGCGGGAAAUCUACUUGAGAUGUACUUGAGCCCUUUCAAAUACCUGUAGAGUAUCUGUUGACACUGUUUGCUCACGUAAUGCUGAUUAUUUCUGUAUAGUAUUUCAGAAAAUGAAAAUAAUAAUGCACUAAAAGUUUUUAAUGUGUCGUCACCCUCAAACUACAACAACAGCACUCAGCAUCAAGCUUGUUAUGCCGGCUCACCCAGUUGUUGUAGGUAUCCAUAUCAAUGUUAACAUAGCACAGUGAAAUGUCGUUGAACAACCAGGUAACCUGAACGUAAUAUACUAUAUUCUCCUCGGGUUUAACCCGGCAUGCCAGUGUCGGAUUUGUUGAUUCAUCCCUUCAGAAACCUAUGAGUGAUAUCGAAGGCCCUGUUCACACCUGGCAUUUACAUGUGUCAUGGUUGAUCCAGUCACAAGUGGACAGCUCCCACCUGGCAAUAGAAUGUGUCUCCACACGCGUUGAAGAUAUCAAAACAUACAGACUGGGUCUAUUCCUUGGGGUGUUCCAGACAGACCAACUCGCCCAAGAUGUUUGACGCACUCGUAAUGUAUCUCCAUGGGCGUUUCAAAAUAUUCAGACUGCGUGAAAUAUAAUACGAGUGUGCUCAAUUACCUAUACUGCCAUAUUAUUUAGUAUCCCAGGAAAAGAUUUUGUAUGUCCCAAUACAUAGUAUGUCAAAUGCAGUAUGCCAAAAAUACCAGGAAAUUCUACUGCAUCCGGUUUCAUUUUGCAGUAUGCAAGUCAGCAUGCUUUCCUGCCUAUUCUGACCCACAAGCUAAUGUGCAGCAGAGGAUACGUCACAUCGACUGAGCUGCAGAGAGAUCGCAGACAUAGCACCUUUUUCUAAAUGGGCAUACCUUUUUGUUUUACUUCAAAUUUUGAGUUACAAACUACGACGAAACUAGGGCGAAAUGUCAUGACAAAAUAGUAUGUCCCAAUUGUAUGCUCACUGCAUGCAAAAGUACAUACUUUGUAAGAGCUUCAGUACGUACUAAUAGUAUAAUACAGAGAAAAAGUAUGCGAUUUGGAACCUCUGGCGCUGUUGGCGAAUGAGUUCUUACUUCCGCAGAGGACGUCAGCUGAGUAGGCGGUCCUUCAAUGUUUCCCAGGACACAUUCACGUACAUACUGCUAAAAGAAUGUGGCCACCUCUGACUGUGGUCUGAGUGAUCGGAUCUCAAUGCGUUCUCAAUACCUCUUGGGUGCAUUCACACCUGUACUUUGAGCUGUCUACAUGUGAUCAGGUCCCCCAGGAUGAAUGUCAUUGCCAGGUGUAAACACGGCCAAAGAUGCCGGAUCCAUUUAUUUUGUUUUUAGUCUAUGGUUUGACCAUUUUAACAGCUCCUACAGUAGCCACUUUGCUUUAGAAAGGUCUGCAUUCUGAAACUCAACAUCCUUGUAGUAUGAACAUAUUCGGCUAGAUUUUCUAGUGGAGUCUGGAUUUUUUUUAUAUUGUUUGGAUCACUUUGAUACAAUGGAAUUAAUUUGAGACUGGUGUAUGCAUAGGCAAUAGAUAAAGACUUAACAAAAUAAAACAUAACUUUUUCUGUGAGAUACUAGCAAUUUCUAUAUUUAGUGUUGGUCCAAAGCCAAGUUUCUGAACUGUACUCUUGAAAUUAGCAACUGGGCAAGGUCAUUGUUCCUCAAGAAUUCAUUGAACUUUUCUAACAUUUAUUUUGAGGAUUUUUUCAGAUUUUUCAAACUGGCCUUGGUUUUUUAUUAGGACAUCGCCAGAUGAAGACUAGAAAUGUUUGUGCCUUUUGUAAGUCAAGUAACUGUCUUACUUUGCGUCAGUCUCUACAGUAAAUGUUGUCUGUGGCAAGGCAAAGAAACUGCCUCCAUUACUUGUUUUCUUGCUUGUCAGCUUUUGUCUGUUGUCUAUAUGCAUCUUUGGGAUAGGUCACAAGCAUUUCAUUUUGAAAGUGAAAGUCAAGACUACUUGGCUGUGGGUAACUCUGCCUUUGCACGGAAAGUUAACAGCCACAGGAGGAUCUGUUUAACCAAGUCCUUUCAUAGACAUUUGAUAUGACACUGAUGUGUUUUAGAUUUCUAAAUGCUUUCUUUUUCUUAACAGAAAGUGGAAAUUUUUUAUUUUUGUCAUUGCAAGAAGUGAUAUUAAGAAUUUGCAUAAGCAUGGUGUGUAGACUGUAAACAGGCACCCACUAGUGUCCCAUCAAAACAGGCUUAAUAAAUAUCCAAAUCUGUUGGAUACUGGGCUGUAUGCUGCUGUAUGAUAUACUUAUUUCUAUUUUCAUAUAAAUCAUAUAAUACUACUGUAUAAUAUUGUGUAGCUCCCCCUAAUUAUGUGCAUGUCGUAUUUAAUCAAGAUUUAGCUUUAACCAGGCGAAGUAGUUAAGCAUUGCAUGUAAAAUGAAUUAAAACCAACAAGUCAGGAAACCCCUUUAGAUAAACUGCCAGUUAAUUCAGUAUAUUGUAUGUCAUAUGUUGCUUGUCAAGUGUCCACACACACACACACAGGUUCUGUUUUUUUUUUUUUUUUUUUUUGUGUGAGGGGCGGGUUUGGUGAAACAACACGCGUUUGCCGCGUCAAUCAGUGAAAAAGUCCUCCUAUCCCGAGCGCUACCAAUGCUGACUCUCGUGUUGUUACAUUGUAGCGGAAAGAAUGUCGGAAAGGGCCGAGGAUGACGUCAGGGGGGAGCAGCGCCGAGCGGCCAGGCAGCAGCUGAAGCAGCAGCAGCAGCAGAUCCAGCGGGGAGAAAGCUCCACAGCAAUGGCGACUGUUGCGGAGCGGAGAUCCUUGCCUAGUCCAGAAAUAAUGCUGGGACAGCCUUGGAGCAACUGGGUCGACGCCGCCAAACUCAACGGCAACGACGGUGCCGAAUCGGAGGAAAGUUUCAAAGACUCCGGGAAAAAUCGGGAAGCCAUGCGUUUGUGCAGAGAAGACAUGCCCAUAUUCGGCCAAUGCCCCGCACAGGACGACUUCUACCUGGUGAUGUGCAACCACUGCGGCCAGGUCGUCAAGCCCCAGGCCUUCCAAGCACACUACGAGAGAAGACACAGUUCGGCCUGCAAGCCAACCCCCUCCCCCUUCCCCGUGUCGGGCAGGAACAGGACCAGCGGACCCGGGCUGGGCUCGGGGCCUAUAGCUGGACUGGCAAGUGGAGUCAUCCUUAGCCGACCUUCCACCGCUGGAUCUUCAGCGUCGUCCUCCUCCAAUCCCAAACUCGUCAAACCAGCCAAAGAGAAGCUGCCAGGCUUUCAGCGAAGAACCCCCUUUGCACCCUUCAGGACACCCCAGCUGGACAAGAUCCUCACCCCGGCUGUCAAGGUGGAGAAGAUGCAUCUGAGGGUGGACUCGUCCGCUAAGCUGGUGCAGGCCCCAUCUGCCCCAGCCACCACCUCAUCAUCCUCCACAUCCUCCUCUAGCACCACUGUGAGCUCCAACACUACCACCAUCACCACCUCCGCUUCCUCAUCAUCAGCCCUUAAACCAGGCCUUAACUGUCCCUCCAUACCAAAGCCUCCAUUACUGGCCCCGGGUCCGAUUCCCAACGGCAAGGGCCACCUCUCAGUCCUCUCAGACAAGAAGCAGGACAGCAGCAGCAGCAGCAGCAGUGCCAGUAGCAGACGCCACCUUAACAAGAGAGUGACAGAACGUGAGUUCAAUGCCGAUGCCCACUGUGGCGUUGUGGAUAUGACCGCCCGGAAACCAUGCACAAGAUCCCUAACAUGCAAGACACAUUCCUUAAGCCAGCGGAGGGCGGUGCCAGGGCGGAGGAAGCGCUUUGACACAUUGCUGGCAGAGCACAAGAACAGAACAAGGGAGAAGGAGAAGGAGAGAGAGCUCCACCAACCCCAUUCCCAGCAAAAUACCUCUCUCAGGGACCCACACCCCUCCUCCCACCUCGCUGCUGCCCAUGAUGCCCACCAGGUUGCUCAUGGGAACGGCCCUGCCCCAGACGCCACUAAGCCUUUGCCACUCUGCAAGCCCAAAUUUCACAGCCCUGGUCUUCCACGACUAAACAGCAGUCACGGAGGUGGUACCCCCGGAGACCCUGCAGUAGUCCACGAGUCGCCACACCUUGCUCAUACUACCCCUGGUGGGUUUUCUCGACCCUCCAGUGACGAGGGAGAGAACGAGGAGCGGGAGGACAGCGCUGACAAACUGGACUGUCACUAUUCAGGUUAUCACCCCCGACCGGCAGCUUACUGUACAUUUGGAAGUCGACUGUUAGGAAGAGGUUGCUACUCCUUUGACAGGCGAUGGGACAAAGUGCGAUGUGCCCUAACCACGAUGAUGGACAAACACGUCAACUCUCAGAUGUGGAAGAAAAUCCCCUUGGCCUUGGAGAACUCCUCCUCCGUUGCACCUUCCCAUAGGACAAGCACAAAUUCCCACGGUAGCACCCCCUCUUCAGGCUUCCUGGGCCCCCCUGCCACCUUGCCCCAGACUCCUUAUAGCCAAUCGUACGAGGGCAAGUCUGUGCUCUCAUAUGGGACCACCUUAAAUGCCCGCAGCUCCCCUCAGGGCGGGGCUGAGCACCCGGCCUACGGCAUUACGCAGGCCCGACAAGUGUCUUCGUCGCCGCAGAUGCCUUCAGCCCACUUGUCCUCCUCUUCUUCUUCAGCUCCUUCCCUAGCCUCAGGCCGGGCACUUAAGUCCCGUUCCUCCAGCAGCAGCACUACCAAGUCGUCGUCGUCGUCCUUCAGGCCCAAGGAGAUCUCUAGCUCCUCGAUACCCUUCAUCCCCAACUCCAUUGGUGGGGGCAACAGUAACAGUAGCAACACAAGCUUCAGCUCGGGGAAGAAGAGGAAGAACAGCUCUAUACUCUCUUCAUCCCAUGGCCCCUCUGAAUCCUCCUCUUCUAAUGCCAUCUACUCUUCCGCCUCCUCCCCUUUCAAGAAGAACUGUACGAAUGUUGGCAGCUCAGGGAGCACCUACCACCACGGCUCAUUAGGUCCUUCAUCGUCGUCAUUAUCUUCCUCCCACAGCGGAGUCCACAGCGUGGGGCUUAACUGUGGCCCCACUGUGCGGACUAACUCACUCAGCCUCAAGGCUGAGCCUUCUGGAGGUUCAGCAGGCGGCUCCUCAGGGCCGCCAGCACGAGGUCCUCCCUCGGGCAGCCCUGCAGAAUCCAUCAAGCGCAUGAGCGUAGUGAUGAACAGCAGUGACUCCACCCUUUCCCUGGGACCUUUUGUCCACCACCAGUCCUUAUCCUCAGCUGACCACCACACCAACUUCAGCCACCACUCCACAGAUGGGCGCCUGGAGGGCAAGAAGCGCAAAGGCUCUCCUGCCUCCAGCGGCAUUAAUAGUGGUGGUGGUGGUGGUGGUGGUGGGGGGGGAGGAGGGGGAGUGGGACCUGGACCAGGUAGACCCAAAGUGGCCAAGUCACCUGCCAUUAACAACAUCCAUGGGAAGCAUGGGCGAAGUAUUCCAGGGACGCCGGGUUUACCGAACAACUCCCAUUUACAUCAGCCAAAGGCUCGUCCCUGACAGCGGUGUCCGGCUUCUGUGAAUGGAACCGACAGGCGGACGGGAAAAAGUCCAGAGCGGUCCGCAUAUUGCUCCGGACUUCACAAGGCCUUCUAAAAUCAAACCCACAUUACUCUCAGCUUCCCACAAUCCUCAGGGUGGAGAUGAUCUGGACUGCCCAGUGAAGUCAAUGUGGUCCUUACUAUUUCUCCCAAAGCCAUGUGUAUUUGUGUGUGUGUGUGUGUGUGUGUGUUGGGAGGAAGGGUGCAAUGGCACUGUAUGUAUAGCGUGGAUUGCCAGGGGUCUGAUGAGCGAGCCAAGGACCCCCCACGCAUGUGUUGUCCCAGUAUUCUAAGAGGUCUUCCUGUCUUGAAGUAGGAGGAUCAAUAGCAACAGCCAGGGGUCUCUUGAACUGCGGUUCAAAGCCCAUUGGGUUCAGGUUAAGGGUUGCCGCAACAAGCCGCCAUGACACUGAGCAACUGGGGAGACAACAAGCCGAUCUCUUCCGUGUUUGUUAACGAAUGAGUGUGCGAAUGUGCGUGUGCGUGUAAGAGAAUUUUUCUCAUGUCAGAUUCUGCUGGACUACUGGAAUUUCCAACUUAAUUACACCCCCAGCGCCUGAUCUCAGAAGCCUUGGAAGGAGAGCAGCAGCAGCAGGAGGAGGAGCAGCAAACUGUUACUUGCAACACCUUAAACAACACACAAUCACCUUGUUGUUUCACUUUUCAUUAGUUUGACUCUCUGGCGACGCGUUUGAUUAGCUUGGAGUUCCACGCAGUAGCCUGAGAGGAGCCCGUAGAGACGAUCUGGUCAAUUCUUUUAUUACCCAGAAUAAUUAUGCAAGUGUUACCUUUUGAUUUCUGAUGAGCUUUUUACACUGAACUACAAAGAGUCUUUGUAGAUGUGGUGAAGACAGUUGUGCUUUCAAAUGUGAAAAGGACGCCUGAUGUGCCCAUUUGAUUGAAUCUUGUGGCAGAGCGAUAACUUUGUCUUGAGGGACACCUGUUUAAUUUUCUGAAUCUUUCCAUUGUUCACAAAUGAUCGCCACAGUAGACCUACCCCCAACUGUGAACAGAACUGAAAGAACUACUUUCUCCACAGGCACUGCUUAGUUGUCACAAAGCGAGCCAAAAGCUGCUAUCAGCUUUGCCAACUACUCUUUUCUUUUUUUUCUUUUUUUUAACGAAAAAGGUGGGCAGUCUUGCUCAUAAAGCAUUCAUGGUGCAUUGCCUGUGUGGAUAUGAAGAAAAUCUGUGCAAACCUUAAUAUUAUUGCCAUAACUUACCUACUUUUUACCCAUUCAGCUGCGGGAAAUCCACAGCUGUUGUGGGCAGAUGUGAAUUGUAAUGUUUAUUUUUCCUACAUAGGGAAUCAGGUAUGGUACGUCUUAACUGGAGCAAACUUUAUGCACGUCACCUGUCUUCUGUGGGUAUGAUUGUCCCUCCUGUCUGUCUGUCUGUCUGUCUGUGUGUGUGUGUGUGUGUGUGUGUGUGUGUGUGUGUGUGUGUGUGUGUGUGUGUAACCACUACCCAAGCACUGGGUGUUACAGUUCCGAUGCCUCGCCGUAACACGAUGUUGGUGUGUGUUGAGAAAAGAUUUGUCACAGUAGAAUGGAUAACCAGGCAUUAUACUCUAUUCCUUUGUCAAAAUGGAGUCUUAAAUCAGGCAAUACUUGUCGGGAUGUUUGCUUAUUUCUAGAGGUCUUGAGUGGGUUUUAUGGUGCGAGAUUCAUGGAGAUGGCUUCACCGGACAUAUUAAAUCUUUUGGCAACACCUGUUGAUUUAUGGAACCUCCAGUGAUGUCAGUGUGGGAAAGUAGGAGACUUUUUUUUUCUUUUUUUUUUAAGAUUCUUAAUUUACCUUUUUAUUUCCCGUAGCCUAAUGUCUCAAACAAGUAUUGGAGUUUCCCUAUUUGAGAAUACGUAUUUUGUUAAAUUGUACAUAGUGAAAUAUGUAUUUUUGCACAGGCAAUUUUCGUACACGCUGAAUUUUUGGUACAAUCUUUUAAAAAAAAAAAAAAAUUAAAAAGAAAAUUAUUUAUUUAGUAAAAAAAGAUAACAAGUCAGAGAACUUGAUUAUUUGAAGUGGUUCACUGCCAAGUCUCUAGAAUGCAAUAUGUAGAAGCUGAAGCAUCUCAUGAAUCAUGUACUGAGAUCCUUAUAGUAUCAAAGGUGAAGUAUUGCCACUGUAGCAUGUGUCUGUAUGACAGGAUACCUUUAUUCACUUUUCAAGGUCUCAAUCACAUGUGCUUUUACAAGAUAUUUUACGUUGCCUAUGAAUCAACACAACAAAAAGUUACCAUAUGACCCAAUUAGCCUGUGAUUUUGAAGCGUUCUGCAGGCUUGAAGCUGUGCCAAUUGUCGAACCAGUUUCCAUUAACUUUUCAAACACUUUGUAGACCUUAAAACAUAUUUCACGAUUGAAACACUUUGCGUUCUUUUAUAAAGGCUGGAGGGACUUAAAGCAAUCAUUGCAAGGAAGAGGAACAAACAAACAGUCCAACUGCUUGUGUCGUCGUUGCCAAACGAGUCAUUUCAAUCACAGCUUUUAAAGAAAUAGUUUGCAGCUUUUAAAAGAAGUAUGAAAUUAAGAAAGUGCCUGAAUUAGUUUCACCCUGACUGUUUGAGGACAGUGUUCUUUGGGUUGUUUUACCUUACUUGAAUGUUGGAAGCAUUUAGGCGUUUGCUUUCAAAUCUGCCUAUGAACCCUAAAUAUGGUAAAACCUGAGAUUGUCAGCCGCCCAGUAUGAAAAACAAGUGUUGUGGGGGGGGGGUCAAAAGUUUUCCAGACAAGACGUGGAGAUUUCGAUAGCCUCUCUGUGUGCGGCUUAAGUCCUCUCUGGUUUACUGGGAUUUUUACGUAAAAACCUUCAAUCAAGUGUUUUGUUUACCCUCAAACUCCACUGACAUCUUGACAUCGUUUCCAGUAGAUGGAAACGUGAGGACGGUUUUUUUUAAUAGCACCAUAGACUUGGAAUGUGAAAGUGAGAGAGAAUACAGCUCGUGUUUGGGAGGAAACAAUAAAUCCACCAUUCAUACUAUGUAAAAGCGUGUAUAGAUUUUUUUUUUUGUAUACAUCAAAAUCAUUUUCAGCUGGACUUAUGUAUUGGCUGCUAUGUAAUUCAUGAACAAAACAUAGGUUAGAAUUAAUAUUUAAAGAAAAAAAGAUUGUAUAGUAUAUUUGUUUUGUAACAAGUUUCUGUAAAUAAAAUAAUUUAUACUGCUAUUUAUAUGAAAUGACGUCUCUGCCUCUUUCAUAAAGAACAUUACAAUUACCGCCUCGCGGUUUUAUGUCUGUCGACCAGUCAAGUUGCAGUUUACAGCCAUGUCGGUACAGAACAUCACUUCAUUUUUAUCCUGUUAGAGAUUGUUGUGAAAUUAGCAUAUGAAUUCUUCAGUUAAGGCCAAAAGCAUGGUGAGGUCACAGUGACUUUGGCCUUUGACGUCAUACAAUCUCAGAUCCCAUCGGCUGUCAGUCUGGCACCGAUAAGCCUCUGGGGGCAAGGAGCUGUUUUUCUGAGGCUCCGAUGUCAGCAGAUAUCUUGGCCAUGACUUUUCUGGGAACUUCAUAUAGUAUAACU